UAACGGGAGGGGGCCAUACUUAGACAGGGGUCCAAAGUCCGACAUGGUUUUUAAAAUUGCUAUAACUUUAUUAUGCUUGACAGCAUGUACACGACAAAAACAAAUAUUGAUGGCCCUAGUCUUCCUUUAGUAAAAUACUGAUGCAUAGAGUGUACCGAACAUGAUACAUCAAGCAGCUAGCAAUUGAAGAUAUUUUUAUGAUAAUGACGCUGUUCGCAUAGGUUGACGAGAGAACGUAUCGAGACCGUGGCCUUCAUAUCUGUUGAAUUAUUCAGUCUAAGAUGUGAGAUAUGACAGAUUGCCACCGCCUGUAGAAAGGUUGUUUAUUAAACUUGCCAAGAAACAAACCUGUGUCUUGUCUGAGUCUUUGAACUUGGUUAAUUGAGGCUACAAUGUCACGCUACUUGUGUACACACCACCGCUCCUCCGCCAUCUUGAGAAUCACGUGUUCGAAGUCAUGUGAUCAUCGAACGCAACCCAACACUACCAGCACUACCAGCACCACACCGCCUGAGAUUGCAGUUUAGCGCUCUUCCGCAUGAAGUCGCGAUGGCAUCUGGGGCCAAAAGGAAACGCCAACAGUACCAUCAGGCUGACAUGGAGGCUGCUCUGGAGGCAGCAAACAAUGGCGCCUCUGUCUACAGCCUGGCCAAAAAGUUUGGAAUUCCGCGAACAACCCUGAUUGGUCGCAUAAAAGGUCACCAUGGAGAGGUGCAAGGAAGACCGUCAGUCUUGACACCCGAGGACGAGGAGGCCCUUGUCGGCUACGCCAAGUACAUGUCCGACAGGGGCUUCCCUCUCACCGUAAGGGUCACAAAGGCCCUUGCGCAACAAAUUGAGAUUAAAAGAGCUAAGGGCCGCGGAGAGUCACCGAGGUUUAAGGAGGCUGGGCCGGGCAAGAAGUGGUGGCGAGGCUUCAAGCGUCGCCAUCCCGACAUCAGCCUCCGGUCCCCUGACCAGCUAGACAAGGAGAGAGCACUCAUGGCCACCCCAGGAGUGAUCUUCGAAUAUUUCUUGAUGCUUGAAGACAAACUAACAGAGGCGAAUGCCAAAAACAAAAACCCACAUGUAAUCUAUAACGCUGACGAAACAGGCGUGGAUCUUUCCGCGAAAAUAUCUAAGGUUAUAGUAACCCGCGGAGAGAAGAAGUCUCCUUCACGGAGAGUUGGAAGCCGUGACCAUGUGUCGGCACUGGUGUGUGUGUCAGCGGCAGGGCAGACGGUGCCACCAAUGAUAGUCUUUAGCAAAGGCUUUCCGGGAGGCGCCUACACAGAGGGUGGACCCGCAAAUGCCAUCUAUGGGUUCUCCGAUUCGGGUUUUAUCGACGAGUUUCUCUUCGAAAGGUGGUUUACGAAAGUAUUCCUAUCUCACUGCCACAAAGAGCGCCCAAUUGUUUUGAUCGUUGACCAGCAUUAUUCUCACUUCACACUUAAAGUCCUAGAAGCCGCCGUUGCCAACAACGUGGUCAUCCUCGGUCUCCCACCACACUGUACACACUUUCUACAGCCCCUGGAUGUCGGCAUCUUCGCACCGCUCAAGUCGAAGUGGGCCCUCACCCUAGAAGUAAUGCAGGCUGCGAACCCGCAUUUUCAGGUCACAAAACGCAAUUUUGCGAAGAUAUUCAAUACUGUAUACGACCAUACAGUCACUCCAUCAUUGAUAAAAUCGUCUUUCCAAAAGAGUGGCAUAUUCCCACUGAAUGAAGACGCAAUUGACGACCGUUGGGUUAAGAUGUCGGCGAUCCCUGGAGAGAAGUUUUCUUCUGCCACUCCUCCACCACAUCCCUCGACUUCUGCCUCUGCCACUCCUCCAUCACAGCCGUCGACUUCUGCCUCUGCCACUCCUCCACCACAGCCGUCGACUUCUACCUCUGUCACUCCUCCACCACAGCCGUCGACUUCUGCCUCUGCCACUCCUCCACCACAUCCCUCGACUUCUGCCUCUGCCACUCCUCCACCACAGCCGUCGACUUCUACCUCUGUCACUCCUCCACCACAUCCGUCGACUUCUGCCUCUGUCACUCCUCCACCACAGCCGUCGACUUCUACCUCUGGUUCUGACUCAUGA